CCAGCGGCUUCAAGCUGCUGAGAUCGCUUGUACUGUACUGUAGCCCAACUCAGAAGUAGCAUACUGGAGACUUUGGUGACCUGAUUUAGGGAAACUACCCAGGGACUAAAAUUAUUUGAAGACUCUCCAUUCUCCGUGGGGGCUCAGCCAGUGAAGAAAAGGAUGAUCGCAGCAAGAGGAUGGAUUCUCUCGCUCUUUCUUCUGGAAGCCACAGCUGUUCUAAGUGAAGGUGAGAGGGUUCUGAAGCAAUCCGUCAGCAGGAUUCAGCCCAGACAGAAACCCCUCACUCCCUUUAUAAAGGCCAACCUAGCAAAUCAUGGGGAGUGGACCACAUGGUUCAAUGUUGAUCAUCCAGGUGGCAACGGGGAUCACGAACGUUUAGAUGCCAUCAGGUUUUACUUCAGGGACAAGAUGUGCAAGAGACCCAUGGGAAUUGAAGCACGAACCACAGACUGGGUUCCUGCCCAGAAGACAGGCCAAGUGGUCCACGCUAGCCUACAGGAGGGAUUCUGGUGUUUGAAUAAGGAGCAGUCUGCAGGAAAAACCUGUUUGAAUUAUGCCAUACGUUUCCUGUGUCCCACAGGGUCUUUGCUGCAAGAUUCAAAAAGGUGGUCUCCAUGGUCGAAAUGGAGUGCAUGCUCAGCAGAAUGCGGCAAAUCUGGUGUCCAGACCCGUACCAGAACCUGCCUGGCAGAGGGCCACUUGGACCUGCACUGUAAUGAAGUGACUGAGGAAGGGCAACUCUGCAUUGGACAGUCUUGUUCAGAGUGCAACCUCACCUGCUCCAUUGGCCGCGUGAAUGCUGAAUGCGAUGCCUGCAUGUGUGAGGACCACAUACUGCAUGGGAUGGUCUCCCUUGCAGAUGGAGCACCGGCUGCUGAAGCUACUGUCUACGUGCAGUCUGAGAAUCUGAAAUUGUUAACGGAGUCUGAUAGCAACGGAGGGUUUAGGAUUCCUGGAGUGUGCCCUGACGGCAAAAACAUUCUGAAAAUAAAAAAGGCCAGAUAUGCCACUGUGACUGUCCCCAUACCUGAAAGCACCAAGAAAUCCUCAAUAAUCCACGUGCGUCUGAAAAGAGCAGACAAGCCAUACACUGUAAAGAAUCCAGUGGAUAAAGUGAGGAGAAUAGGGCAAAGCGUGAUACUCUGCUGUAAAGCUGUGGGGAAUCCAGCCCCUGAUCAAUAUCUCUGGUACCACAAUGGAACUUUGCUGGAUUCCUCAGUGUACAAAUAUAAUAGCAAGCUGGUGUUAAGGAACCUCAACAUAGACCAGGCAGGAGAGUAUUUCUGCAAGGCUAGCAAUGAGGCAGGGUCUGUGAAAUCCCAAGCUGCUAAGCUUUCUGUAAUAGCAAGCGAUGAAGCUUCAUGCAAUCCAAGACCUGAAAGCUACUUCAUCAGACUCCCACAUGACUGUUUCCAAAACGCAACUAACUCCUUCUACUAUGACGUUGGUAAAUGUCCAGCCAACAUAUGCACUGGAAAGAUAGAUAAAGGACUCCAGUGCAAAGACAGCGUUGCUUACUGCUGUGGGGUCUCCAAAAUGGAAGCAAGAGAGAUAUCGUGCAGUGGAUACACCCUUCCCGCUAAAGUUGCUGUGGAAUGUGGCUGUAGCGUGUGCACUGAGAUCAAGAUGACAGUCCGGGGGAGAGCCAUAGCUGCAGAUAAUGGUGAACCAAUGAGGUUUGGCCAUAUAUACAUAGGGAACAACAGAAUUGGCAUGACUGGCUACAAGGGAACCUUCUCCAUCCACCUCCCAGCAGACACAGAGAGGCUGGUUCUUACUUUUGUCGACCGCCUACAAAGGUUUGUGAACACGACUAAAGUUUUGCCUUUCAAAAAAAAGGGAGGUGCUGUGUUUCACGAGAUCAAAUUACUAAGAAAGAAAGCCCCCGUUACGUUAGUGUCCUCUGAAACCAACACGAUUCCCUUAGGAGACAUGGAAGGGGAUGAUCCGAUAGCUGAAUUAGAAAUUCCUCCCAAUACAUUUUAUAGGCAGAAUGGUGAACUCUACACAGGCAAAGUGAAAGCCAGUGUUACGUUUCUGGACCCAAGAAAUAUGUCAACAGCUACGGCAGCACAAAGUGACCUGAACUACAUAAAUGAGGAAGGUGACAUGCUCCCGCUGCACACAUAUGGCAUGUUUUCCAUGGACUUCACUGAUGAAACAGGCACCGAGUCUCUUAAUGCAGGGAAGGUAAGGGUUCACCUUGACUCUGCGCAGGUCAGGAUACCAGAACAUCUUCAACAGAUGAAGCUUUGGUCACUGAACCCAGAGACAGGAUUAUGGGAGGAAGAAGGGGACUUCAAACCUGACCAAAGCACACGUCACAAACGGGAAGAAAGAAUUUUCUUGGUUGGGAACAUGGAGAUCAGAGAGAGGAGGCUCUUCAACCUGGACGUCCCAGAGAGCAGAAGGUGUUACGUCAAGGUACGAGCUUACAGAAGUGAGAGAUUCCUGCCAAGUGAACAAGUUGAGGGGGCUGUGAUUUCCCUUAUAAACAUGGAGCCUGCAUCAGGUUAUUCAUCCAACCCUAGAGCAUGGGGUCGCUUUGACAGCGCAGUCACUGGUCCCAACGGGGCUUGCUUACCAGCUUUCUGUGAUGAGCAACAUCCAGAUGUCUACUCAGCUUAUAUCCUGGCAAGUCUUGGAGGAGAAGAACUUGAAGCUGUGCCCUCUUCUCCCAGACUCAACCCUAACGCCGUUGGAGUCCUGCAGUCAUAUCUCAACAAGCUCAACUACAGGAGGACAGAUCAUGUGGAUCCUAGAAUUAAGAAAACUGCCUUCAGUAUCACGGUGGCCAAACCAAGUCCGAGCACUGCAGAAGAGAGCAAUGGCCCCAUCUAUGCCAAUGAAAACCUAAGAGAAUGUGAGCAAGCACACUACAGUGCCGCUCAUUUCAGAUUUUAUAGAGUAGAAGGAGACAGGUAUGAUUACAAUACAGUUCCCUUCAAUGAAAAUGACCCAAUGAGUUGGACUGAAGACUACCAGGGUUGGUGGCCCAACCCAAUGGAGUAUAGGGCAUGUUAUAUGAAAGUAAAAAUUAAUGGACCCCAAGAGGUGAACUUAAGAUCUCGCAACAUGGGUGGUACGCACCCGUACACAGUCGGCAAGCUUUACGGCAUCAGAGAUGUGCGCACCAUUCGAGACAUGGAGCAAUCAAAUCUUUCGACUGUGUGCCUGGAAUUUAAGUGCAGUGGCAUGCUGUAUGACCAAGACCGCGUGGACCGUACACUGGUAAGAAUCACUCCCCAAGGAAAUUGCUAUAGAGAAAGUGUUAAUAGCAUGCUCCAGGAAUAUCUAGUGAACCACCUCCCCCUUGCUGUAAAUAAUAAGUCAGAUGAGUACACAAUGUUAGCACCUCUUGACCCUCUUGGACAUAAUUAUGGAAUCUACACAGUCACUGACCAGAACCCUAGCAUAGCCAAGGAAAUAGCUCUGGGUAGAUGUUUCGAUGGCUCAUCUGAUGGUACUUCCCGAGUUAUGAAGAGCAACAUAGGCAUAGCGUUAACUUUUAACUGUGUUGAAAGGGAGGUGGUGCAGCAAAGCUUAUUCCAGUCUCUGCGGAAUUCACCUAGGCAGAGUGAAAGAACAGGGAUCGGAAGGCAACAAAGAGAAAUCUGCAUUGGCCAGGCCAACAUGAGAAGAGUUACCCAACGCAGAAGUUCACCAAGAGUUCAGUGUACACCUACAGAUUAGAAACAUACCAAAGCACCAUUACAGUACCCAUAUUUGAUUAAAUAUAUUCUAAAAGGAAUAACUACUUGCCAAUAAGCUAAUCUAAAUACAUCUGCUCAGCUGCAGUUGGGGAUCAUUACUGAAUUUCCUGAGACAUCACUUCUGUGCUCACUCAACUCUAGUAAUUAAGGUUAAUCAAUUUCUGAUUCUCUUUUUAUUGCACCACAAAGGAGAGAUAUUAAGCAAACAUACUUGGGGCCAAUCAUAUUACCAUGUUAACAUCCUUAGUUAAAUGAAAUCACCAUAAAAAUCUUAUUUUUGCCUGAUAUUAAACAAUUUCAAAAACUUUGGCCUAAAGGGGGAAAAUUCAGAGAUUAAAUAAUGCACAUAAAAUAUUGUUCUAAUAUUCUGGAUCCAAAGAUGUUGCCAGCUAGGAGUACAUGAACAGUAGUUGGUAACAAUUUAAAGGAAUAAACUGAUUUCUUCAUACUGAAUUCAACUGCAAGAUUUUGUACUUGAAAUGUAAAUAUUUUAUUUAUUUCCUUGCUUAUUUUAGAACUGUAUAUUCAUUACUGAAGUAUUGUAUAGUGCAUUUAUUUUAUUUUGUGUUUUUGUAGCACAUUGAGAAGAAAUCAUAGAUUUUUAGGUUUCACUUGCCUAAAAGGCUACAGUUUUAUUUUGCUUCUUGCUUGACUCAAGUAAAAAGUCCACGCUGUAGAAUAGUGUAGAUUCAUAAAAAGGUAAUUUUUGUAAUGUUGAUAGUGCUGUAUUCCUUCUGUGUCUGAUGGGUCUAUAUUAAUGUUCAAGUAAUAAAAUAGUUAUUCCUGGCAAGAAAUAAUUUGCUAAAUUAAAAAGGUGAAACU